UUGCAAAUCAUUGUAUUCCGUUUAUAUUUACAUCUAACACAAUUUCCCAACUCAUAUGGAAACGGGGUUUGUAUAUCUGUAUCUGCUUUUUUUAAAACAAUAUGUUUUGAUAUCUGACAGGGCAUUUAUUUGGCUAUAUUUAUUCAAACGUUAUGUAAAUAAUUUGACAAUUAAGAGAUGAUUAUAAGUAAAGAAGGUGAGGCAGCAGCUCACACAUUCUCAUACUUUCUGUAACAUCCAGGAAGAAAUUGUAUCAGCCAUCUUGGAAAAAAAAUGUCUCAACUAUAAUCUACAGCAAGGAGCCCAGAAUUGUUUUUAUUUUUAAUGUCGACAAUAUUUCAGAAUCUUUACAACGUAUUAAAUCCAUAAAGUGUUAAAAAAUGGUAUAAAAUGGAAAUAAGUGCUUGAUGAGCAUUCCUCAACUUUAUCAGUAUUUAUUGCAACCUUUCCCAACUUCUUUGUCACGUGUUGCUGGCAUCAAAUUCUAAAGUUAAUGAUUAUUUGCAAAAAAAAAUUCUUUUUUAUCAGUUUGAGCAUCAAAUAUGUUGUCUUUGUAGCAUAUUCAACUGAAUAUGGGUUGAAAAUGAUUUGCAAAUCAUUGUAUUCCGUUUAUAUUUACAUCUAACACAAUUUCCCAACUCAUAUGGAAACGGGGGUUUGUACGUUAGCUUUAUUUUUCAAGUCACGUACGCAAACAACUUACGCAAUGUACGUAACAUGUGGACAGCGCACACGUCAUUUCCGGUCCUUCAACAAGACUGGCAGAAAAAUCCCAUCCGUGUCACUUGAGGGGCAAAAAAAACAAAACAGAUUGGGUGUGCAGUGUAAACAUUAGUUUUAUAAACAAUGAUUCCUACUUUGCGGAAAUGAAUUCAUCACGUCCAAAAGGGACAAGCGGUAGAAAAUGGAUGGAUGGAUGUCUGUAACCAAUUAAUAGCAAUAUACGAGUGUAUUCACAAAAAAAUGGAUCCUUCAGAAUGGCAUCAAAAUAACAAAGUGAAGGUUAAAACGAGUAAAACAACGCAUGAAACGGCCUAUAAACACUUGAUAAGAGAAAAUUCAAGCCCAAAUAAUCAAGCGUUGUUGAAAGUGUGUGCGGGGGCAAAGUGACAGGGAGGUUUUUUGUUUACUAUGCACCAUGAACGCGCACCAAGGCCCAACCCGGCAGGAACCUGGACAAGGUCCUCUGGAUAGCUGACUUAUUGCACGCGUAUUCUUCUUUUUCUUCUUAAUCCAACGCCCGGCGGACUGAGCGCGUGCGGUGAAUGCGAGGCUGCAGCUGGCCAAGGAGGAAGACCUCAUGCGGAGCCAGCAGGGACACAAAGUUCACUAAUGAGGAGACGUGAGCGGACUCGCCAACGCUUGCCGGGACAGGAAGGAGCGAGCGCCACUUGGCUAUCCAGGUCUUCAAAUGGGUCUGAUCCAGAAGCAGAACUUGACCCAGGACUUCUCAUCACCUGACGUCUCCCACUGGGAGUCCACGCCGCAUGAAUCUUCCGCCUGUGAGUCCUUUCAACACACAAACACCAUCCUGCUGCUGGGCGUGCUGACCUUUGCCCUCCAGCUGUGUUUAGCUCUCUUUGUCGUGCUGAGAUGUAAGAAGUUGGACAACAAAGUCAGAGAGGCUCUCAAAGACCCGCACGCCUGGAAGAAAGUCCAGAAAGCUCCUCCCUCCUGUCAGAUUGACGAGUCAUCUAGUGCACCUGGGGAAGAAUAUUUUGCAUCUGCAUCGACCACAAACCGUCUUUUUGGACCUUCCAUACCCUGGGACCUUGUUCAGCGCUGAAAAGUCACCUUUUGCACACUAAUAUGCUGUACAUUAGAGAGAGACCCAUUAUCGGCUGAGCCGAUUAUCAACGCCGAUAUUUGGCAUUUUCAUAUAUAUCUGUAUCUGCUUUUUUUUUAAACAAUAUGUUUUUAUAUCUGACAGGGCAUUUAUUUGGCUGUAUUUAAUUAAACAUUAUGUAAAUAAUUUGACAAUUAGGAGAUGAUUGUAUAAGUAAAGAAGGUGAGGCAGCAGCUCACACAUUCUCAUACUUUCUGUAACAUCCACACUGCAAAAACUGAAAUCUAAGUAAGAUGAAAUAUCUCAAAUAAGGGUGAUAUUUGCUUAUUUUCUGUCUGAUAAGACAGUGUUUCCCAUAAACUGCCAAGAUACCUGUGGUGGUGGGGGCGUGGUUAUGGGCGUGGACCCCAUGACAUCAUCAAGUAAUUUGCAUAAUUUGCUACAAUGAUAUGAUUUUCUCUAAAAAGGCUCAAAAAAUGUAUACUUACUAAUUGAUAAUAACAGUUUUGUUUUAAACGUCCAUCCAUCCAUCCAUUUUACAGUAUAAUUACAACACUUUAUGUACAUAUUUAUAUACAGAUUUGAACAAUUUGACAAUAAGUUAUUCACUGAAAUAUAUUUAUUAAUUGUGGUUCUUACAAAAAAUAUAUCUUAUAAAAAUAUAAAAGCUAAAAUGUCUCUUAAAGCUUUGCCCCUUUAAUUAGUGCAUACUAAAUAAUUUUACUUUAGCCUACUACUACAACCAUAUUAUUUAUCAGCAACAUAAAGUGAAACAGAACCAGAAGUGUCCUGCCACAGUCAGUAACAAAUAAACGGAAAACAGUAGUGGUGGUAGAUAGACACAGAGCUUCAUCAAACAUCUGAUCCACUGAACAAAGAGCUCCAAAAAUCUUGAUCCUACACUUCUCUUUUGUAAAGUAAAUCUGAACAGCCAAUAUGGGCAUCUACAUCAACUAUAUAAUUUGCCUGAGAAGCUUGACAGGACACAAAAAAAAAAAAAAAAAAAUUUAAAACAUUUUUUUUUUAAUUUUAUUUUUUUUUUAUUUUUUUGUGGCGGCCUUAAUUCUUUCGUGGCGGGCCGCAACAAAUAAAUGAAUGUGUGGGAAACACUGUAAGAUAAUUCUUCUCUCUAAGCAGAUUUUAUGUUAGAGUGUUUUACUUGUUUUAAGUGUUUUGGUCCUAAAUGAUCUCAGUAAGAUAUUACAGCUUGUUGCUGAGAUUUGAUGACCUAUAUUGAGUAAAACAUGCUUGAAACUAAAAUAUCAACUGUUGCAAAGCUGUGUCAUCAACACUCACAAGUAGGGAUGUCCGAUAAUGGCUUUUUUGCCGAUAUUCCGAUAUUGUCCAACUCUUAAUUACCGAUUCCGAUAUCAACCGAUACCGAUAUAUACAGUCGUGGAUUAUUACAUUAACACAUUAUGAUGCCUAAUUUUGUUAUGAUGCCCCGCUGGAUGCAUUAAACAAUGUAACUUUACCAUGAAUUGAUUAACGUGGACCCCGACUUAAACAAGUUGAAAAACUUAUUGGGGUGUUACCAUUUAGUGGUCAAUUGUACGGAAUAUGUACUGUACUGUGCAAUCUACUAAUACAAGUUUCAAUCAAUCAAUUAAAAUAAAUGUUUUCAAAAAUAAGAGAGCAACUUCAACUCCAGUUAUGGAAAAAAAUGCCAACAUGGCACUGCCAUAUUUAUUAUUGAAGUCACAAAGUGCAUUAUUUUUUUUAACAUGCCUCAAAACGGCAUCUUGGAAUUUGGGACUUGCUCUCCCUGAGAUAAUCCUGAUACCCACUACAACUAUGGGAAAUACUAUACUUUGACUUUCACAAAGUGCAUUAUUUGGAAUUUUUUUAAAACAUGGACAAAGAUAAGACCUUCUGGAGGAAAGUUCUGUGGUCAGGUGAAACACAAAUGGAGCUUUUUGGCCACAAUACCCAGCGAUAUGUUUGGAGGACAAAAGGUGAGGCCUUUAAUCCCAGGAACACCACACCUACCGUCAAGCAUGGUGGUGGUAGUAUUAUGCUCUGGGCUUGUUUUGCUGCCAAUGGAACUGGUGCUUUACAGAGAGUAAAUGGGACAAUUAAAAAGGAGGAUUACCUCCAAAUUCUUCAGGACAAGCUAAAAUCAUCAGCCCGGAGGUUGGGUCUUGGGCGCAGUUGGGUGUUCCAACAGGACAAUGACCCCAAACACAUGUCAAAAGUGGUAAAGCAAUGGCUAAAUCAGGCUAGAAUGAAGGUUUUAGAAUGGCCUUCCCAAAGUCCUGACCUAAACGUGUGUGGACAAUGCUGAAGAAACAAGUCCAUGUCAGAAAACCAACACAUUUAGCUGAACUGCACCAAUUUUGUCAAGAGGAGUGGUCAAAAAUUCAAGCAGGGGCUUGUGGAUGGCUACCAAAAGCGCCUUAUUGCAGUGAAACUUGCCAAGGGACAUGUAAGCAAAUAUUAACAUUGCUGUACGUAUACUUUUGACCCAGCACAUUUUCAGUAGACCCAUAAUAAAUUCAUAAAAGAAGCAAACUUCAUGAAUGUUUUUUUGUGACCAACAAGUAUGUGCUCCAAUCACUCUAUCACAAAAAAAAAAAAAAGAGUUGUAGAAAUUAUUGGAAACUCAAGACAGCCAUGAGAUGAUGUUCUCCGAGUCAUACCAAAGACUAUAAAAAUGCGACCCAUUACCUCCCUGCUUGGCACUCAGCAUCAAGGGUUGGAAUUGGGGGUUAAAUCACCAAAAAUGAUUCCCGGGCGCGGCGCCGCUGCUGCCCACUGCUCCCCAAGGGGAUGGGUCAAAUGCAGAGGACAAAUUUCACCACACCUAGUGUGUGUGUGACAAUCAUUGGUACUUUAACUUUAACUUUACAAGUGUAUGUGCACUUUUGACCACGACUGUAUUUAAUGAGCAGUUCCAAUAUCUACCAGCAGGUGGCGGUACUGCAACAAGUAGCAUGGGUGAUGGUCAAUAUCCCCAGCGAAGAAGAUCCACACUACACAACAUCGAUGACUUUCAACUUAAAACUUAUUGUUUGGAUACAUUUAUGUUUAUUUAGAGUCCACGUAUUCGGAACUUGAACGUUUUUUUUAUCCGGUACUCAGGCCCAGUUCUUUGUCAAGGGACGAGUUUGUAAUGACUUAGUGUUGGAGCCGCUAGCUAGCAGGCUAACUAUUGCAACUUGUCAACAAGAAGAUGGACACCAAUGUCUCCGCCACAUUUUCCAAAGCAAGUCCGUUACCUCUGGCCUCGCUCCGCCUGCUGGUGCCACCUCUGCAGCUCCUGUCGGCCUCCAUGUGGCAAAUAUUGAAGAAACGGGACGUCAUGAGUUACUGGGAGGUGGCCGAAUUUGUCUCCUUGGUGAUGGACAUGGUCCCGGAGCUGCUGAUGGACAAGCACCGGAUGCAACUCAACCUGGGUUUAAGAGCCAGGUAUCUACUCCAGUUAUGCAGAAGUGACCAAUCCUUGCAACCUGACUUUAUUUUGUCUCUCCUGAACACGAUGAAACUGCAACCCCCUCCUGUGGGAGAUGAAGCCAUGAUGCACUUUCUGGAGUUAAUCCAGCUUCUGCUAAAAGACCCCGAAGAGAGACAACACUUCUUCUUGGAGGUGUUCCCUGCUCAAUAUGGAACGGAGUAUGACAAGGACUUGCAGACACUGUUUUGGGAGUUCCUCUGUCGGCUAACUGAGCUGUUGCCGGUUCCUGACCUCGAGCAGACAGUUUGCUGGCUUGGAGCGUCAGUAUUGGAAAACUGUGUCAAGUCACUUUCCGAAGCCAAGGACCUGAAGGUUUUGCUCCAGCACCAUAAACAGUUUAGACAUUUAGAGCAACAUGUUCCACACACAAGCAUGGGGGACAAUAUCUUCUCCUCGCUCUCUGCCUUUCCCGCCUGCAGACGGACCACAGCUGAGGACCAGCCUAAUCAUUUGGGCCAAGGUGAUGCCACUCAUAUACCCGCGCCACUCGUGGAUGAGGUCACUAUUGAAGUCAUUGCCGAGGUUGAAGUAGAAGAGCAUGACGUAAUCAUGGGUGAAAAUGGCCUUGAAGGACCCGUAAGUGGCGCUGUAGCCGAAGACGCUGAAGUUGUGACCACAGAAGACACAGGCGCAGGUCUGGAUGAGAGUGAAGAAGUUGAUGGUCCAGGGAACAUGUUUCAUGCACAGAGCUCUUCAGGGCCUCAUGACUGCCCGGAUUGUGAGAAGAAAUUCAAGUUUGCCUCGUCCCUAACGGCCCACAGGGUCAUCCACACCGGCGAGCGCCCCCACCGGUGCUACGACUGCGGCCGCUGCUUCUCUUUCAGGCAGUCCCUCGACCGCCACAGAAGCACGCACAAAAGCGGACGCCGGUACGACUGCAUUGUCUGCGGAGAGACUUUCCUGUCCUCGUCAGCUCGCGCCGAACACAAGCGGACCCACAUGGUGGGCGGCGCAUACGCGUGCAAGGGGUGCGGCAGGACGUUCAACUGGGAGCUGGCGCUGGCGAGGCACCUAAAAACUCACGCCACGGACGUCAAUGCCAACAGCGCCACAGAGGUCUGUGAGGCGGGACAGGAGCACCGCGGCGGCGACGCAGACGUGCCGCCUGACGACGUCGGUGAUGCAGCAGACGUCCCGGGAGACGUUUCCCUCGUCAAAAUCCGCACGAGUGGUCGCAAACGGCGGCCUACCAUGAAGAUCCAAGUGAUCAACUUGCAGAAACACAUGAGCAGGAGGAGGAAGCAGGAAGUCACCAGGGAGAAUCCUCCAGCCUUGAAGCUUCUGCCCUUCAAUUGUUCAGAGCACUCGUAUGGAUCACCGUCAGUCUCAUCGAAGGAAGCUGAAGAAAGUUUGGACGCAGGUGGCACUUCUGCCACUUUCUCCUGUCCCAAAUGCUGCGUCCAGCAUUCAGAGGAAGAUGAGCUGCAACGCCACAUGGAGAGCGUUCACUCUGUGGACGAAGAGGGACGCUUCAACUGCAGAGACUGUGCCAAGGUCUUCAAGUUCCUGUCCUUGCUAAAAGCCCACCAGCGCAUCCACACAGGUGAGCAGCCCUUCCUCUGUGUUCAGUGCGGACGGCGCUUCUCCUUCAAGCAGUCGUUGGAGAGACACAAGCAGACGCACGCGCCCGGGCGCACGUACGAGUGUCUGCUCUGCGGGGAGUUCUUCAAGUCCCUGGUGGCGCAGCGCUCGCACAUGAGCGUCCACAUGGAGAACGGGGAGUUUGUGUGCUCCGAGUGCGGCCGCAAGUUCGCCUGGAAGUCGGCGCUGGUGAGGCACCUGAAGACUCACGGCGAGGACGACGACAAAGAGGAGCCUUCGCUGAAGUGCCCUCGCUGCGAGCUGAGCUUCAGCUGCGCCAGCUACCUCAACCGACACCUUCAGACCCACCGAGAGGAGCGGGCGCACGCCUGCAACUGCGGCAAGAGCUUCGCCUACCGGGCCGCGCUCACGGCCCACCAGCGCAUCCACCAGAAAGAGAGACCUCACGUGUGCUCGCAGUGCGGCAAGAGCUUCCUCUUCAAGGGCGGCCUGCUGAACCACAUGAAGAUCCACUCGGAGGAGAUGCCCUUCAUGUGCUCGUACUGCGGCAAGUGCUUCAAGAGGGAGCGCAACAUGAAGAAGCACGAGCGCUGCCACACCCGAGAAAACGUCUUCAGCUGCUCCCAGUGCGACAAGAGCUUUGUGUACAAGGCCACGCUGACCAGACACGAGCUGACGCACUCGGGCGAGAGGCCGUACCUCUGCUCCGACUGCGGCAAGGGCUUCUUCUCCCACGCCGAGCUGCUCAAGCACGAGCGCUUCCACACGGGCCACAAGCCCUUCCGCUGCCCGCACUGCGACAAGAGCUUCACGCAGUCCUGCUACCUGACCAUUCACCUGCGCUACCACACGGGCGCCAGGCCGUACUCCUGCGGCGAGUGCGACAAGAGCUUCCUCAGCGCCAAUCGCCUGAAGAGACACAAGCAGACGCACACGGGGGAGAAGCCUUUCGCCUGUGUGCAGUGUGGCAAAGGCUUCAGGCAGUCCUACCACCUCAAGAUGCAUCAGCGCACGCACAUCAAGAUCACGUGAAGACCAUCCAACUCCAAAUUGGUCCAAAGCAGACGUGUCCAAAGUGUGGCUCGGAGGCCAUUUGCAGCCCGCAGCUAAUUUUUUUACGGCCUACGGUGUGUUCUAUAAAUACAUUACAAAAGACUACACAUAAAAAAAGUGUAAUAUAAGAGCAAACAGGUGAAAUGUAACGAGAAAACGUUACAAUUUCGACACUAAUAACCCAAAGCUGCCAUGUAGACCGUUUUUUUCCUUUAACCUCUAAAGACCUUAGUUGGCCACAUGCGUGGACAGCACCUUUUAGCUCUUAUUUCCAAAAUUGUGUACACUACCGAAUUGGGGUCUUAUGGCCACUUAUGUGGACACUUAUACUGCCAUCUGGUGGUGUCAGAAGAGUAUAACAUACAAUGGAAUUUGGAAAAAAAAGUGUAAAAAUAAAAAUGUGCAUGUCACUAAACAUGAACUACACGUUUGUGCACUUAUGGACUAAGUACAUCAUAUUAAAAGAGGAUUUUUAGUUUUUAUUCUAAUUAGGGUCCAAUAAGCCCAAAUGGCAAAGAGAAAUAAAAAAAAAGCAUGUAAACAAACAGCUUGGGCCUUAAGAGGUUAAAACUGUCAUUGCUCAAAAAAUAAUAAUGAAUGAAAAUCAAUGUUAUAAUUUAUUGACCUUUUAAAGGCUCCAAUUACUUCACAUCCACUUUGAAAUAUUUUUUGGGGAAAAUAUUGCAUAUUUUGUGUGUUUGCCAUAUAAAAACUAAGGGUUUUUGGGGUUUUUUUUACAAAAAGGGCAUUAAACAAACAAACUAGAGAUGUCCGAUAAUAUCGGGCUGCUGAUAUUAUCGGCCGAUAAAUGCUUUAAAAUGUAAUAUCGGAAAUUAUCGGUAUCGGUUUAAGGUGCCAAUUAAACCUUAAAGGCACUGCCUUCGCGUGCCGGCCCAGUCAUAUAAUAUCUACAGCUUUUCACACACACAAGUGAAUGUAAAGCAUACUUGGUCAACAGCCAUACAGGUCACACUGAGGGUGUCCGUAUAAACAAUUUUAACACUGUUACAAAUAUGCGCCACACUGUGAACCCACACCAAACAAGAAUGACAAACACAUUUCGGGAGAACAUCCGCACCGUAACACAACAUAAACACAACAGAACAAAUACCCAAAACCCCUUGCAGCACUAACUCUUCCAGGACGCUACAAUAUACCCCCCCCCCCCCCACCCCUCCUAACCUCCCCCAACCUCGCCCACCUCAACCUCCUCAUGCUCUCUCAGGGAGAGCAUGUCCCAAAUUCCAAGCUGCUGUUUUGAGGCAUGUUAAAAAAAAUAAUGCACUUUGUGACUUCAAUAAUAAAUAUGGCAGUGCCAUGUUGGCAUUUUUGUUCCAUAACUUGAGUUGAUUUAUUUUGGAAAACCUUGUUACAUUGUUUAUUGCAUGCAGCGGGGCAUCACAACAAAAUUAGGCAUAAUAAUGUGUUAAUUCCACGACUGUAUAUAUCGUAUCGGUUGAUAUCGGAAUCGGUAAUUCAUCAUUUCUUUUUAUUCCUUUCAUGAAAAUGAAAGGAAUAAAAAGAAAUGAUGAAUUACCGAUUCCGAUUAAUUAAUUAAGAGUUGGACAAUAUCGGAAUAUCGGAUAUCGGCAAAAAAGCCAUUAUCGGACAUCUCUAAAACAAACCCAUAGAAACAUAAUUAUACACUUAUAAUCUACAUAUAGAUCUGAAGUUGAUCUACAGACGUAAGCGUUGAUUGUAAAAAAAAUAAUAAUAAUAAUGUAUGACUAAUUUUUAACACUUUAGUGGGACCAAUUUGGACUCCUGAGAAUUUUAGUGGGAUAUUUUGUUGUACUGUCAUUGCUUAAAAAAAUGACUCGAAUGAAUUAUUGACCUAUGCAAGCCUCCAAUUACUUCACAUCAAAUAUUCCACUUUGAAAUGUUCUUUGGGGAAAAUAUUGCAUAUUUUGUUUGUUUGCCACACAAAAAAAACAAGUUUUCUUUGAAAAAGGGCAUACAACAAACCGGAAAAACGUAUAAUCGACAGAUCUGAAGUUGAUGUAGAUAUUUAAGCGUUGUUGAUAAUAAAAAAUUAAGAAAAGUAAUGUAUGACUCGUUAUUAAGACCUUUUAAGAUCCCUUAGAACAGUGUUGUCCAGACUACAGCCCGCCUGCCGCUUCUAUUUAGCUGGUUCAACAAAGCAUGGCACCACACGGUACUUUCAAAUUACUUUUAAAUACUAGGCGGUCUCUGAAUACUACAUAUUCACUGCCAUCUUGUGAUCAAAGUGAGUGAAUCAGAUCAAUGACCCUUGAAAGUACUCUUUGAAACUAUAGCACAGCAUAUGACAUAAUCCAAACAUUUCCUAGUCAUGGUGCAAAAAAAAAAACUGCAACUAACCUAAAGGUCAACACACAUGGUCACACAUAACACAACCUGCUCACUGAUUUUUGUGGAUAAUUUAAAAAAACGUCCAACACAACAAAUAAUUCCAAAAUACACCCAUUUAAAUCCAUUAGUGCAUGAUGGGAAAAU